UACUUAUGGUGAUUCUACUAUGUUUUCAUUUCCUUGAUUUAUUUAACUAAUUUUACGUUUUAACGUACAAGUAAAAAUUGCAUGUACGUACACCGACGAUGAAUUAGUUUAUUAAUAGUUUUCGUUAUCAAUUGGUAUAUUAGGGCGUAGUAAGAUUGUAUUCCACGGAUUGUGGCAGCUUUAUAAUUUAGUAAUGAAGAUGAUUGCCUACCGAACUGUUCUUUUUCUUUUGCUAAUGGUAUCAGCCCUAUGCGACGAUUCUCAGGACGAUCCAUGUACCAAAACGACCACAUCUGUCAUAACACGGUUAAGAAAUCGUUUGCUUUGCUCUUUAAAGCACAAAAGCUCACCAGAUACUACAACUAACGUCCAAGUUACUUUACACUUGGCAUUCAUCAGAUUUGACGUGCAAAAGUCCAAACUUUUGGUAAAUAAUUGGCUAGAAUUGAAGUUUUCUAGUGGACAUGCUCAGUGGAAUCCGAAAGAUUUUGAAUCAUUAACAAAAAUUGACUUUCCAGGAGAUAAAAUUUGGUUACCAGAUUUAUCUAUUUACAACAAACAUGACUUAUCUAAAGAACCUGAGGUCGUUAGUUCGGCCCGGUGUAUAGCCUCAUACGAUGGUCAUAUACAAUGUUUGGUACCGUCACAACAUGAUGGUCUGUGUUCACCAGACCUUACAUGGUUUCCGUAUGACACACAAACGUGUUACAUAAAAUAUGGAUCUUGGGUUCAUAGUGGAGAAGAAAUUAAUUUUACACUUGCCGAUCCGUCUGUAACAACUGAUGCAUACAUUCCAAGUCCGCAAUGGAACGUUAUAAACGUGGCAGGUUUUUGGGACCCGGGAAUGUUUAACGGCGAAAGUUUCCCUUUUCUAAAAUAUGUGUUCGUUUUCCAGAGAUACGCUGGAAUAUAUAGGGCAGCAAUUAUUGCUCCUGCAGUAGUUUUGAUGUUCGUAACAUUAACAAUUCUUCUGAUGGAUUUCCAAUCGUCUGACAGAGUGAAUAUUGCAGCAUUCAAUUUAGUGUGCCACUUGCUUUAUAUUCAAAAUAUUUACUGGCAGAUUCCCAUUACUGGAAGCAAACCACUAAUAGUUAUAUUUUUUCGUGAUUCAACGCUAUUGUGUGCAAUAUUGAUUGUACUGACGAUAGUCUAUAAAACAAUUGCACAAAAUAAAAAGAACCCUCCAAAAUGUAUUAAUUGGAUUGUGUCAAGUUACGUUGGACAAACGAUUGGUACAUUUAAAUACAGCGUUCAGAUUGCUGUUUCAAAUAGCGAAGACGAUGAAGAAGGAAAGACAAUUGUAAAUUUAAAGGAACAAGAAAAACACGAAAAUUGGAUUCUUUUUGCAGUUUUACUUAAUCGAAUCACAAUUGCUGUGUACUGCCUAUUGUAUUUAAUAAUGGUUGUUAAGUUCAUUCCUACGGUGUCCGUGUCCAUGCUGUUGCGUUAUUCCCAUCAUCAGAUUUUCGUGUUCAUCGUUUUCUUUAGAGGAUCUUUAGCUUAUGCAAGAACAUUUCCNCUAGGACGUUUCUUCAUUAAUUCUGCAUACUCCAAUGAGUUGUCCUCAGCAGAUGCUACAGAAGAAGAUAAAGACAUUCCAGCUGAGAAUAUCUCACCAAACACUUGGUUAUUAGUUAUCACUCUUCUUGAUAACAUAACUGUUAUUCUUUAUAUCGUAUCAUAUCUGGUGCUAUUUUUGGGAUAUGUUUUAAUAUCAGGCAGGGAGUAAAUUUUACCAAAUGAAAAGCAUAUAUCAGUUUGAAUAUUCAUCAAGACAAAUAAUAACAGUAAGAAAAUUUGUAUAUCUUUCGUUUAUUUUCAUAAAUUGAUAAGACAAUUACAUAAUAAAAAGUA